AUGGCUGCUGGUGGAGCAGGAUGCGGGGACACGGUAGAGGAGUAUCGUGCCGAGGUGGAGCGCCUGACCCGGGAGCUGGCGGAGGCCAACCGCGAGAAGAUCCGGGCGGCGGAGUGUGGACUGGCUGUUCUGGAGGAGAACCAGAGCCUAAAGCAGCAGUACGCCGAGCUGGAGGCCCAGCAGGAAGCUCUGAGAGUGGAGCUGGAGCAGCUGCAGGAGGUGGGCUCAGCAGGGGCAUUCGGGAUGGCGUACUCCACUCAGCGUAAGGUAGCAGAGGAUGGGGAGACCAAUGAGGAGACGCUGCUGCAGGAGUCUGCCACCAAGGAGGCCUACUACAGGGGCCGUCUUCUGGAGCUCCAGUUGGAACUCAAACAUAGCCGAGCCUCUGCCUGCAGCACACAGGCUGACAAUGAGCACCUGAGCACCCUGCUGCAGGAGCUCAGGGAGCAGAGCAAUGAGAUGUUGGAGCUACAGCGGACCAGAAUGCGAGAGGAGAUCAGAGAAUACAAGUUUAGAGAGUCCCGACUUCUCCAGGACUAUACCGAGCUUGAGGAGGAGAACAUCUCUCUGCAGAAACUGGUGUCAACCCUUAAACAGAAUCAGGUGGAGUUUGAAGGCCUGAAGCAUGAGAUCAAAGUUCUGGAGGAGGAGACAGAGUUGCUCAGCAGCCAGUUACAGGAUGCGCUGCGUUUGAAGGACAUCUCAGAUGCCCAGCUGGAGGAGGCGCUGGAGUCUCUGAAGAGCGAGCGCGAGCAGAAGAACCACUUGCGUAGAGAGCUGGUCCACCACCUCAGCAUGUGUGAUGUGGCUUACACUGGAAGUGCAAAUCUCAUGUUCACCUCCGCCCCACCCAGUGGCACUGCUACACCAACUACUCUGCUCUCUCCAAAUGCAGAAGAGCCAACAAGAUGUAACGGUCACCUUCAGGGUGGCUCAGGAACAGUGACAGCUGUGGGUUCAGUGCACAGGGCUAAUGGAGAGCACCGAGGGCAGUGUCGGAAAACUGAGGGAGCGACCACAUCAGACCUCUUCACUGAGAUGAACCUGACAGAGAUUCAGAAGCUCAAGCAGCAGCUGAUGACGGUUGAACAUGAGAAAGCAGCACUGAUGGUGAGCCUGCAGGAGUCCCAGACUCAGCUGAAACACACACAGGGAGUCCUGACCGAACAACACGAGAAGACCCUCCACCUGAGCUCUGCUCUCCGCCGUCUUCAUCGAAGGGUCAGUCAGGAGGCCCAUGGCAGUGCCACCUCUCAACUCAACUGCCGCACUCUGAUGGAGCUGGACAGAGUUGAGGAUGAGGCUGAGGAGGAAGGAGAAAGUGGGGAGGAGAAGAGUGACGCUCUGAGUAAAAGUCAGGUAUUUUCAUACCAAACUCCAGGUCUGGAGAUCCUGCAAUGCAAAUACCGUGUGGCUGUGACAGAGGUGGUGGAGCUCAAAGCAGAGUUAAAAGUGCUCCGUGAGAAGCUUGCUCAGUGUGUGGAGGGGGUGGCCGAGGGGAAGCCAAGGCAAAACAGUAAGCUCCAGAAACUGGAGAGGCAGGUUGCGUCUUUGGAGAAGAACUACCAGGAGGGUCAGGAGAAGAUUUGUAGCCUGGAGCUGGAGUUGCAGGGAGUUCAGUCAGCAGCCAGUGAGAGCCAGGGGGCGCUGAACGCAGCUCAGGAUGAGCUGGUCACCCUGAGUGAGGAGCUCGCUCAGCUUUACCACCAUGUCUGCCUGUGCAACAAUGAGACACCCAACCGUGUCACGCUGGACUACUUCAGACAAGGCAGGGGGCUCAGGGGCCUUAGUUCUAGUCUCAAAGCCAUGUGUACAGACAACAGCAAAGUUCUUCUCACACCACGCCUAGCCAGACGGUUGGCUGCUGUCACUUCAACAGUCGCAACUCUGGGGGAGUCACGGAGCCCCUCGGACUCUCCAUCCAAAGAGCCCCUGCACGGAGGAGAGGGGCAAAGAGUGGAGAAGGAGGGCCUUCAGGUGCCAUCUGAGCAGAGCCUGCCGCCCUGCACACCUCCAACCCGCUCACCUAGCAUCAGUGCCUCUUCAUCAUCAUCGUCGUCUUCAUCACCAGCCCUGGAGCCAGCUGCUGAGCUGCGCAGGGAGCCCAUGAAUAUCUACAACCUCAGCGCCAUCGUCAGAGACCAGGUGAAACACCUCCAGCGGGCGGUGGACAGGUCCCUGCAGCUGUCCAAACAGAGGACUGCAGCCAGGGAGCUGGCUCCUCUGUUGGACAAGGACAAGGAGAGCUGCAUGGAGGAGAUCCUGAAGCUUAAGUCUUUACUCAGCACCAAGAGAGAGCAGAUAGCUACUCUCCGACUGGUGCUCAAGGCAAACAAACAGACAGCAGAGGUGGCCUUGGCUAACCUGAAGAGCAAGUAUGAGGCGGAGAAAUCCAUGGUGACGGACACCAUGAUGAAGCUGAGGAACGAGCUGAAGGCCCUGAAGGAAGACGCUGCCACGUUCUCCUCUCUGCGAGCAAUGUUUGCUACCAGGUGUGAUGAGUACGUGACCCAGCUGGAUGAGAUGCAGAGGCAGCUGGCUGCAGCUGAGGAUGAGAAGAAGACUCUUAACUCUCUUCUGCGGAUGGCCAUCCAGCAGAAACUGGCCCUCACACAGCGUUUGGAGGAUUUAGCCUUUGAUCAAGAGCAGUCCCAUCACACCCGGGGGAGCAGGCUGAGCCGUGGGAAAACCAGCACCCCCAAAGUAAGUCCCUCAACCUUGGUUUCAGCCUCCAGCCAUACCCAAGGCUCCAAUCCAGCUUUGGCCACUGGCAGUCUCCCCUCUAACAGCCUCGGUACUUCCACACCAGUUCCUCUGGAUGAUCCCUCUGACCCCCUUAGCCCAACUGUGGUGAGUGUAGCCACCGCAGCUCUGGCCUCAGCUCCCACCUCCCCCAUGUCCCAUAUGUCAUCUCCCAGUCCAUCAUUGCCAUCAGUUGCCUCACUGAGUGGCCCUCCAGUGCCUGAGAGCCUCCCUUCUCUGGAGGCCCCCUCGUCUCCAUCAGCACAGACCCCACCCUCAACCCCUCUGCGAGUUCCCCACUCCCAGUGGACACUGGGGGUGCGGACAUUUGUAGUUGACUCCCACAGUUUCAGUGUCGAUAUCUCCCCCGCUCCUCCUCGCACCUCAGGCCUAUCCAGGCACAGCACUCCACAUACUCACACCUCUCCCCCAUCCACCACUACCACGCCCACCCAGCCAGGAUCUGCUCCCUCCUCUCCCUAUCGUUCCCCCAUCCUGGGGCUCAGGCGGUCCACAUGGAGCCCUUCACCUCGAACUCGUCCCCUGUCCAGCAUGAUGCGCUCUUCGGUCCUUUACACUCCUUCCUCAUCCUCCCCUUACUCCUCCCCUUACUACCCUUCUUCUUCCCACAGCUAUUCACCUGCCUAUUACAGCUCCUCUCCUGCUUUUACCCCCUCUAGCUCCUACCUCACCUCUGGCACCUCCACCUCCUACAGCCACUCCACACACUACACACCCCUCUACCCCAGAUACUACAGUUCCUACCGGCCCCGGGAGUGACGCUCUACUGUAAGCUGUUGACACAAAAACUGCAAUUCCCAUUAUCCUUCUCUUUUUGUCACCUAAGAAAGUGGGUCUCACAGAAAGGAGGACAGAGUGGUUUCCUGUUUCCCUGUUCCUGUUUUCCUGUGCCUAAGCCUUGGCCAGUGGGUUCUGAAUGUUCAGUGACUUUGCUCAGGGAUUUGACGUAAGGAGCACAAUCGGCCCUGCCUUCCUUUUAUCCUGAGACUGCUGACUGGUCCACAGGAGGACAUUAAUAAAGACUUUUUAAAGAGCAUUUUUAGCAUUUAGGUUAAUCAGGUUGACCACAAAUCCACGAACUGGACAUUCAUAGAUGAGGCUCAUGACACAUUA